UUUUUCUGAAGAAAUUAUACUGAGGUCUGCUGGCUGUUUUUUUUCUCGCUCCCUCAUGUAAAAAGCCAGAGAAAACACUCACUGAGGUUAAGAAAUUUGCCAGACUAAAAGUCAUGUUCCCAUGCUGUAUCCUCCCACUGCCGUGACUCAUUUUGUCCCUGUGCACCUUUUUACUUAUAUUCUUAACUCAGUUGUCAUACUUUUGUGCAGAAAUGUAUAUUUUCCCAAGUUAAAAAUGAAUGAACACUCCAGCUCUCACUGAGAAACUGGAGACCUCUGUAAAGGCUAGAUGCCUCAGCCUUAAGUGUAUCACUGCUCCAUGGUGUAAAGAUAGGACUUGAAAGGGACAGAAGACUACUUCAAAACUGAAUGAACACUUUUUAUCUUUUGUGUGUGUAUGAAUUUUCCUCUGAUGUUACAAGUGGGAUUUACUGAAAUGGACAACAAGCAUCAGCAGAGUGAAAAAGGAUGUGAUGCACUCUCUGUGCUCCCAAGCAGCUUCUUACUGCAGAUCUUUCAGUACUUAGAAUUACAAGACCUGCUAAACUGUGCUGAAGUAUGCUGCACAUGGAAAUCUAUCAUCCAGUCGGGCGUGUUGUGGAGUCAGAUCAACCUAUCUGUGGCCAAAGACUGGAUAACAGACUGCACAGUGAAGAACAUUCUGCAGAGUUACCGUUUAUUUGUGACCCAUCUUAACCUGCGUGGCUGCACGUCCCUGCAGUGGUCCAGCCUGAGAUUUGUCAGUGAAUGCAGAAACCUGCAGGAGCUCAAUGUGUCUGAGUGCUUUAAUGUUACAGAUAUGAUGGUCCAGAGAAUUUUGGAGGGCUGUCCCUGCCUGCUCUACUUGAACCUUUCUUGCACCCUCUUAACAAACAAAACUCUACAAGAGCUGUCCAGAAACUGCCUGAGCCUUCAGUAUCUGAGUCUGGCCUACUGCGAUAGAUUCACAGACGAAGGUUUUCUGUACCUGGCCACAGGGAAGGGCUGCCACAAUCUCAUCCACCUCAACUUGUCCGGCUGCACCCAGUUGACCGUGGCUGGGUUCAGAUAUAUUUCUGCUGGAUGUCCUGCACUUGAAGAGAUUGUGAUCAACGACAUGCUCACGCUCUCAGAUAGCUGUGUCCUGGCCCUCCUUACCAGAUGUCACUGCUUGUCUGCUAUUUCUCUGCUGGAUGCACCACAUCUUUCCGAUAUCGCUUUCAAAGCUGUUGCUGAAGCAGCCAAACUGAAGUCUUUCAGCAUAGAGGAAUUCAUGAUUCCACAGAUUGGUUGUGUGCCCAAGUUGCACACAGAUUUCAGUCAGUCAAACAAAGAUACUCCUGAUUGCAACUCAUAUGUACAAAGCACACCUGUCCACAUAAUCAGUUUUGUCCAUUCCAACCUCUCCACCAUCAUAGACAUGACCAAAGAGCUGCCACAGGACAUCAGGGGCAAGAUGGUAGACCUGGGAAAGGUUGAAAUGAGGUACAACAACAUCAGCAAGAAGCUUGGCAACUACCAGCUCACAGACUUGAGCUGGAACGCCCUGUUCAGAAGCUCACAAGGUCUCCGCAGGCUCCACGCAGCAGAAUGCCCCGGGAUGACUGACGCAAGCCUCAAAUCUGUAGCCUCCCUCCAACAUCUGCGGUAUCUUAACAUCUCGUAUUGCAACAGGGUGACUGAUGUUGGGGUGCAGUAUUUGACUAAAGGCUGCUCAGCGAAUGAACUGCAAGAACUGAAUGUCAGUCACUGCAGUCACAUCACUGACAUCUCUGUCAUGAGGAUUGCACAAAGGUUGUGUAAACUUCUCCAUCUCAAUCUGAGUUACUGCGAGAGGCUGACGGACUCGGCCGUGGAGUGGCUGGGUGGGAGCUCUCUCUGCUCACUUGACCUCAGCAGCUGCAACAUCCAGGAUCAAGGACUGGCCACUCUUGAGGGAAUUCCCUUGAGGAAAUUGGUUAUUGCCAAGUGCUUCUCUGUCACAGACGCUGGAAUUAAGAAGCUGUGCAAGAAUGUGACAGACCUGGAACAUGUCGAUAUCUCUCAUUGUGUGGCUCUGUCUGACGCAGCCGUCAGAGCCUUUUCGUUUUACUGCAGAGGCCUGGUCGCACUGCGGAUGGUCGGCUGUUUUAAGAUGACCGAUAUGGCCGUGCAGUAUCUGACAAGUGGAUCUCAGUACUUGCGAGAACUUGAUGUGAGUGGUUGUGUUCUUCUCACAGAUCUCACACUUUGGUACUUGGAAAGAAUUUGUCCUCCACUCAGUUCCAUCACGAUGGCCUGCUGCAGCGGCAUCUCGAGGGCAGCUGCCUCCAAACUUCAGCCACGUGUGACAUACUGGGAGCACAGCAGCGACACCCCUCCAUACUGGUUUGGAUACAACAUGGGGCAUCUGGUCACAAAACCCAGCAAGUGAUGAUCCAUCAGAAGUAGCAAAGCAGUAAUCAGUAAUGACAACUGCAAUAAGUCCAUGCAGGAAAUAAACUGAAUUUUACCUGUGUGGUCUUUCUGGUCUGUACCUGUCGAGACAGAAGCCUACAACACAAAGUUUUACCUGCUUUGCUGACACAUUUCAUCAGUUUCCAACAGCACAGUUGAAGUGGUGUACUAGUUUACUUCAGGAGCCAGUUUGCGGUCCUAUCUAUUAAUAAUAUAGCAACCUUUUCUCACUGGAAAUCCUAUUUAUAUGCACAGUUUCUCAUGGACUUGAUGUUUCCGGCCAUCAUUGGUCUGAAAUGACUGAAUUCAAAGUUUGCUUCAAAUUCAGAAAUGUCUCAACAUAAUCUUUAGAACAGGGGUCUCAAACUUAAAUGAGUCGUGGGCCACUGCUCAUUGGAGGACCACUUUAGUCUUCAAGUAGUACAAAAUCAAACAAGAAAACUCCCACAAAUAUUUCCAAAAAUGUAGUGUUUCGGUUUUUGUUUUAAUUUCAAAUAUUGUAUAACAAAACUGCAAACGUGAAGUAGGGGUGAGGUGGGCUGCAAGUGGGCCCCGGGCCGCAAGUUUGAGACCCCUGCUUUAGAAGUUUACUGUUCCAAUUUUGGGUGAUGUACAUUUUAUCCCAUAGAUGGUGAAGCUUUUUUCUACUGCUCCCUUAUUCCCAUCUGAUUUAUUUUAAAUACCAGAUGUCCUUCCUGACACAACUCCAAAGGGAUUUGGCGUGGACCACACUAUAGAGUCACUACUCAAUUUGAAUUUAAUGGCAGAAAAGCAUCUCAUAUUUGACAGAGUGCCAUUUUUACCACUGUGUAGCAUCUCCUCUUUUAACAACAGUCUGUUAAUGUCUCAGAACUGAGGAGACCAGCUGCUGGACGUCUGGGAGAGGAAUGUUGUCUCAUUCUUGACUGAUAUAGGAUUCUGACUGCUCGGCACUGCUGGGUCUGACGAUGAUGAUCCACCAAAUGUUUUUAAUAAGUUAAGUCUGGACUUUGGGUCAGUUCAGCACUUUUCUACUAUGGAGUCAUGCUGUUCUAACAGAUGCUGAACUUGCUUUACUGAAAUUUGUAGUUCUUCCUGAAAAUGAAUGGCGGUGCAUGUUGUUCGCAAGCCUAUAUGCAUCUUUCAGCGUUGACGGUACUUUUCCGUGUGCGAGCUGCCUUCAGUCACUAAUGAACCCUUAUACUGUUAAAGAUGCAGGAUUUUGAACUGAGCACCGACAACAAGCCAGAUGGUUGACCCUCUCUUUAGUUCAGAGGAUACAGCAUCCAAAAGUUUUUAAAAACAAUUACAAAUUUAAAUUUGUCUGACCACAGAACAGUAUUUCACUUUGCCUCAAUCCAUGUUUGAUGGGCUUUAGUCCAAAGAAGACAGUGGGAUUUCUGUAUUAUCUUCACGACAGAGCUUUAACCUGCAUUUUUGGAUGGCGCUGCAAACUAUGACCUUUUUCUGGAAGGGCUCCUGAGCCCACGUACUGAUUUUCAUGACAGAAUCGUGUCUGUUUUUAAUGCGGUGCUAUCCAAGAGCCCAAAGACCACACGCAGCCAGCAUCAAUUUUUGGCCUUGUCCUUUGCGCAACAGAGAUUUCUCCAGAGUCUCUUUAUAAUAUUUAAGAUAUUUACAAUUUUAUGUUCAGGAACAUUAUUCUAAAAUCGUUCCACAGUUUGCAGAUUGGUAAACCUCUGCACGUGUUUACUUCUGGGAAACUGCGUAAACUGUUGUACUUGAACCCAAUCAUGCUACUGACAUGCUGCUAGCUGCAAAACUCAUUUUUAAAAUAAUAUUUCCAAAUAUGUGACUCUAUAAUUAAUUAGAGGUGAACACAAGGGUAACAGUGGAGAGGUGC